GCCGGCUCUUCCGGGGGCGGCGGGUUCGGCAUGAGCGACGUGGUGGAGCGGACGCUGAGCGCCCUGCCCGGGCUGCUGGGGCAGCAUGACCCGGGUGCCGGCCCGGGCGGUGCCGGCGGCCCCGGCAGGGUAUCGGCCUCCUCCCGGCUCGGGAGCCUCAUCCGGAGCAUCACGGCGCUCACCUCCAAGCACGAAGAAGAAAAAUUAAUCCAGCAGGAACUAACCAGUUUGAAAGCAACAGUUUCAGCCCCCAGCACAACACUUAGACUGAUGAAGGAGUGCAUGGUGAGACUCAUCUAUUGUGAAAUGCUGGGCUACGAGUCUUCCUUUGGAUACAUCCAUGCAAUCAAACUUGCCCAGCAAGGGAAUCUUCUGGAGAAGAGAGUUGGUUACUUGGCAGUUUCUUUAUUUCUACAUGAAAAUCAUGAACUGCUGCUUCUACUUGUGAACACAGUUGUGAAGGACUUGCAGAGCACUAAUCUUGUUGAGGUAUGCAUGGCAUUAACUGUCGUCAGCCAGAUCUUUCCACGGGAGAUGAUUCCAGCUGUUCUGCCCCUAAUAGAAGACAAGCUUCAGCAUUCUAAGGAAAUUAUCCGAAGAAAAGCUGUUCAAGCUUUAUACAAAUUCUAUCUCAUUGCUCCUAAUCAAGUGCAGCACAUCCACGAUAAGUUCCGGAAGGCUUUGUGUGACAGGGAUGCUGGAGUCAUGGCUGCUUCUUUGCAUAUUUAUCUGCAAAUGAUUAAGGAAAACUCAUCUGGAUACAAGGACUUGACUGGCAGUUUUGUAACCAUCCUGAAGCAGGUAGUGGGAGGAAAACUCUCUGCUGACUUCAACUAUCACAGUGUGCCAGCACCAUGGUUACAAAUUCAGCUUUUAAGAAUUUUGGGGCUGUUGGGAAAAGAUGAUUCAAGGACAAGUGAAUUGAUGUAUGAUGUUCUAGAUGAAUCUUUAAGAAGAGCAGAGAUUAAUCAUAAUAUUACAUAUGCCAUCUUGUUUGAAUGUGUCCAAACAAUUUAUACCAUUUAUCCCAAAUCUGAAUUACUUGAAAAGGCUGCCAAGUGCAUUGGAAAAUUUGUUUUGUCACCCAAAAUUAAUUUGAAAUACUUAGGUUUAAAGGCUCUGACCUAUGUUAUCCAGCAGGAUCCAAACCUGGCACUUCAGCACCAGAUGACAAUAAUUGAAUGUCUGGACCAUCCAGAUCCCAUUAUUAAAAGGGAGACUUUAGAGCUUCUCUACAGGAUUACAAAUGGGCAGAAUGUAAUUGUCAUAGUCCAGAAGAUGCUUGACUAUCUAAAAGAAAGCCAAGAAGAAUAUGCUAUCAUUAGCUUAGUUGGCAAAAUAGCAGAACUAGCUGAGAAAUAUGCCCCUAACAAUGAGUGGUUCAUCCAGACAAUGAAUGCUGUGUUCUCAGUUGGAGGUGAUGUUGUGCAUUCUGAUAUCCCAAACAACUUCCUGAGGCUGUUGGCUGAAGGAUUUGAUGAUGAAAAAGAAGAUCAUCAGCUACGGAUGUAUGCAGUUCAGUCUUAUUUGGGGUUACUUGAGGAGGAAGAUAGAUUGUAUCCACAGAAAUUCCUUCAAGUUAUGAGUUGGGUGUUGGGAGAGUAUUUCAGUCUUGUUACAGAUGUUGAUCCAGAAGUUAUUUUGACAAAGCUGCACAGCCUGCUGAAGAAGACUUUUGUUACUUCUGAAACUAAAGCGUGGAUAAUGGCUGCAGUCACCAAGAUAGCAUCACACACUUCCUGCUCAAAAACAGUGGAUGCACUAAUCCAAGAACUCAGCAGCUCUCUGGAUACAUGCCUGAGACAAUAUGCCUUUGAAUUGAAGCAUCUGUGUGAAGACAAAGCACUGAUGAAAACCUUGCUUCCAUUUGAUGCUAGUUGCAGUGACCUGGUGGUAGAUGCUUCCUUAUCUUUUCUGGAUGGGUUUGUGGCUGAGGGACUUGGUCAUGGUGCAGCACCAUAUAAGCCUCAUCACCAGAGACAAGAGGAGAAACUUUCUCAGGAAAAAGCUCUGAAUUUUGAACCUUAUGGAUUGUCAUUUGCUUCAAGUGUGUCCUCAUCUGGUGUCACUGGCAGACAGUCUCCCACUGGUUUAUCUUUUGGCUCUGAUAUAUCUGGGAAUAGUGCUGAGACGGGGCACAAAGAGACAAAUACUCUGAAACUUGAGGGAGUACGCAAGCUCUGGGGAAAGGAAGGUUACCUUCCAAAGAAAGAGAACAAAACAGGGAAAGGAAACGAGCCACAAGCAGUGCCUUGUGGCAGCUUAUUAGCAGGGCCAGUGGGGGAACCUCCUGCUUUGCAGCCUGAGCAGGGGGCCAGCCUGUCUGAGGAAGACAAAGAGAAGCAGCAGUUAGCAUCAACUUUGUUUAUCGGGCUGGGAUCAAGUGCUGGUGUCAGCCUGAUGGGCAAAGCAGACACAGCUACUCAGAAGUUCAAAAGGAAAUCAAAGGUAGCUGAAACUCAGCACUUGAGUGAGGAGGCAUCAGCCUUCCAAAACAGUGCUGCUCCAGAUUUUGGUCCCUUACUUGAUACAGUACCUGUUAAUGUGGAGGACUCUGAGGGAAGUAUGCACACAAGGUUAAGGAAAGCCUCCCCUUCUUCUUCAGAUAUUGUAGAAGACAAUUUAGCAUUUGAAGCACCUCAGUCCCUCAGAAAAUCUGUGCUGGAUGACAGAAUUUCAGCUAACAGGCUGUCACGGUCAUCUUUGUUUGCUGAUAGCAAUAUUGAAAUUUUUCAGCCUUCUUCAAGUGCUCAAUGUGAAAGUGCCAGUGAAACACCAUUGGUCCCUUCCUUACCAGAAGAACUUGAAGAGCUUCCUCACUCUGAAGUAGUGAGACUUUGUCAGAAUGAUGCCUUAGCUCUGCAUUUAUGUAAGGUGUGGACAGAUGACUCUCUGUUGCUCAUUGUUUUUGUUUCAAAUAAAGCUACUUCUGCACUUCAUGCUGUGAAUUUAGUGUUUGAAGAAACAGAACACUUUCAGAUUUUGGAGAGUGCCACCUCCCAGUUUCCUGUAAUUGAAGCUCAAAGUGUGGAACAUUGCCAGAAAUGCAUGAGGAUGAACAAAGUCUGUACACAGGCAAUUCUUCCUGGCUCUGUUAGCUACCAGUCAGAGAUGGAAACUUGCCUUGAAUUUUCAGUAACUUUAUCAUUGAUGGACUUCAUCAGGCCAAUGGAAAUGACUACAGAAGACUUUGGGAAGCUGUGGUUGUCUCUCUCCAAUGAUGUGAAACAGAAUAUAAAGAUGUCAUCUUGCCAAGAUUCCCUUUCAGCAGCCCUGGAUACACUGCAGCAGAAGCUGAAACUCCACAGAGUUGAUGUUAUAGGUAAUGAGGGAAUCCUGGCCUGCCAGCUCCUUCCUUCUGUGCCCUGUCUGCUGCACUGCCGCACUCACUCCGGGCUGCUGGCCCUGUGGUUCAGGUCCCCUUGUGCUGCUCUUCCAGAUGGUUUGCUCUAUCAGUGCCAGAAGGUGAUGGAGGAAUCCUGCGAGCAGCAGUGCCUGCCUUAAUCUCUUUGGUGUGUGAAAGCAAGUCAAAGAUUUAUACAGUUGCACAGAUAAUUACCAAAGCUAAACUAAGAUACUGCUUCUUCAAGUGUUAAGUUUUCUUCCAGCUGGCAAUGUCCAAGUAGACUUGUGGGGGAAAAAUGGUGACCUAAAUUACCCCUGCAAAAACAUGCUCAGGACUGUACAGUACAUUAAAGUAUUGUUACCUGUGUAAGUGAAAUGUAUAUUAAUUUUGUUGUAAAUGACUGAAAGUAUUUAUUUUUAUUACACAGCUUUUAUAGAUGCCAACACUUAUUCUUCAUGACAACUACUUAAAUAUGAUUUUGAAGAAACAUGUCCAUUAUGAGGUCAGACUUGAUUAGUUAUUUAAUUUUAUUUUGAUAAUUUUUCUAAAGCUAUUUUUAAGCACUGCUGGCAACAAGACCCAUAUUGGUGGUUAUAUAAAAUAACUUAUGUAGCAACAAAUGCAUGGUUUUAAAACACUUAAAAGAUUCUAGGGAGGAAAACACUUCCCAUGAUCUUUGGUAUUUACCAUGGAAGGGAUAACAUCUAAAUAGAUUUUUGAUAAGAGUCAGGCAUGUGAAAUUGUUUGGAAGCACCUCCUGAGGGAUUAGCUAAAGCCCUUCAGGUUAGUUCCUGUCUGCAGUUCUUCCUGCCCCAGAUUUCAGUCUCAUUCCCUUUGCACAGGGGUCUGUGACAGUCACUGAGUGUCUGUGCAUGUCCUAGAUGAAGUUCCACAUGGAUCAGCUCUGAGAUGACUGAGCUGGGGGCACUUGGCUGUGGACAUGUUGACUCCUUGAUUGUUGGGUAGUGAACAUGUUCAUUGCUUUCCAGUCCACCCUAUAAAUUUAAUCUGGCCAAAAUCCCUGUGCAUGAAAAUUCACAAGGGGAAAACUUCCAUUUAUUUUUACUUGUAAUUAUUUAUAGCCUUGGUAUGACUCACCAAAGGUCUGACUUGCAGAGAAGUGGCUGUGUUGUGUGUGCAUGCCUGGGAACUGCAGCAAGGCAUGAGGGAUUAAAUCACAGCAGCAAAUGUGGAAAAUGUGUCUGAGCAGAUUGUCUCCUCUUCCUGCAGUAACCUCACAAUCUUGAAAAUCCAGCAAUCUUCAUUUAUUUAGAUCCUAAAUGAAAAAUAGUACUGGUUAGUAUUUAUAGCUGGUCUUGUUUUUUGUUGAAGCAUCCAAGAUUGUACACACAGUUCAGACAUGGUACAAAGGGAUUCUGUGGUGGAGUUCUCUACUUUGUGUGUUUAGUAGAAACAAGGAACCUCUCACAUGUCAGCAUUACUGAUUCUCACCUGAUAAGCACUGGUUCUAAAGGAAAACAAAGUAUUCUUUUACUUUGUUUUGGUAAACACUCAUGAAAUUGCUGUAAGAAGGUUAAUGUGCUGAUAGCAAUUUUUCUUUUAAGUCAAGCUACUUGUGUUAUCACAAGUAUAAUCAUCCAAGCAAAGUUCCUUUUUUAUUGUUGUUUCAGUACCCUCUUACUGAGGAAUUUAAAGUGCACUGAACCUGUAAAUAUAUUUAAUGUUCUGCAUACUUAAAUGUUUACUUGGCACUUCAAGACAGUUUAUAUAAAUGAAAACUGAUUUAUAGUGGAAUAAUUUCCAGCAGAUGAUUUCCCUGCUGGUAAAUCAGACUUGUGUUAUGCAAUUGGACUUCUGUAAUUAUAGGAACUCUGAUACAAAUAUCUGUUUGUGGCCUAUGCAUUUAAACCAUUUCAGCAAGGAGAUGUUCAAUGUCCUGGUGUUUAAAGAACUGCAAAGGCAACAAUGCCUUCUGUUGUUAAUGUAAUGUUCUGUGUAACCCUUCUCACUGUAUGAAUAGUGUAUGUUAAGGUGUCAGUAUUCUGAUUCUGAUUGCUUUAUGGUGUCAUCUCUUAAAGGAGUGUGCAGGGAAUUGUACCUGUGUCAGUCAUUAUUUUUGGAUUGCCCAACAAAUACUGUUCUGAAUCUAUCACCAUAUUUGAAUUUCUUGCAGUUUAAUAAAAUUCAGUUUUAUUAAAAAAAA